UUUUUUUCCCCUUAAUUGAGUUCAGUUGGCAAGGAGGGUGGCGCAGUGGAAGUGAACGUGGGAAGUGCGAUCCAUCCAAAGUCAAUUUGGACCUUAGAUAGCGUCUCUCUGUGGCGCACACUUCACUCCAACACCAUCACUGCAUCAGAUCCAAACCUCAAACCCUCCCAAGCCGCCGAGAGCAGACACUACUCUUUCUUUUCUUAUUCUGAUUGCGAAUAAAAUCGAUCAGUUGUUCGAUCUGCGUGUGAAUUGGGGCACAAGAUGGUUACGAAAACGGAGGAGAACCAACUGAACCGCCUCGAGAGCCAGGUGGACAACGCCGGAGGUGGAGCAUGGGAGUACCUCUGUCUCGUAAGGAAGCUCAAGCUUCGCCGCUCAGACAAAGUCCUCAACCAUGGCCUCUCCAUCCUGAACAAUCCUUCCAAGCGAUCCGCUCUUGGCCCUGAAGAGUGGACUUUGUAUGAACAGGUUGCUGUUGCGGCUAUGGAUUGCCAAAGUCUUGAUGUUGCUAAGGAUUGUAUAAAGGUUCUCCGGAAGAAAUUCCCAGACAGUAAACGAGUUGGCAGGUUGGAGGCAUUGUUGCUUGAAGCUAAGGGGUCCUGGGAAUUAGCAGAGAAGGCAUACUCAAGCCUACUGGAGGAUAAUCCUCUUGAUCAAACCAUCCAUAAGAGGAGAGUGGCUAUGGCAAAGGCACAAGGCAACAUUCCAGGAGCUAUUGAAUGGCUUAAUAAAUAUCUAGAAAUAUUCAUGGCAGAUCAUGAUGCAUGGAGAGAACUGGCCGAAAUAUAUGUCUCCUUGCAAAUGUAUAAACAAGCAGCUUUUUGCUACGAGGAGUUAAUAUUAUCUCAACCUACUGUGCCACUCUACCACUUAGCCUAUGCCGAUGUACUUUAUACACUUGGUGGAUUAGAGAAUCUCCAAACUGCCAAGAAAUACUAUACAUCCACUAUUGACCUGACUGGAGGCAAGAAUACAAGAGCACUUUUUGGUGUAUGCUUGUGCACGUCGGCUAUCACACAGGUUACAAAAGGGAAGAGCAAGGAAGAGAAAGAAGGAUCACAGGUACAAUCUCUAGCAGCCAAAAUGUUGGAGAAAGAUUACAAGCAGAGAGCUCCCGACAAGCUUCCUCAACUUACAACCGCCUUGAAGAGCUUAACACUGACAUCAUGAUGCAGCAUUUCUUGAAGAUUCUUGUUAUUUAUUUAGCCGAGUUUUUUACAUUGCCUUAGAUUGUUGCCGGUUUGAAUCAACAUCGUUAGAAUUCCCCCGUCUUUUUCUUCUCUACUUUUAGAUGAAAAUUCAUAUAGUUAUGCGUUUUAACUUAAUUAUUAUUUAAGACGUGUAAAGUUUCAGCAGGUCCUGUGGAUCUAAAAUUACCAUUUCAUAGGACUUCACUCAGCCAUAAGGUCGGGUUACCUUUUGUUUUCGACAACCUAGUACUUUAGAUGGCUCAUGGCUGUACAAUUUAAAUUGGAAACUUGUUUGCCUUUCUUUUUUUUGUCA